AUGUGUUCCAUAUCAGGGUUACUAGAAUACGAAUGCAUCCGUAAAGCACGACGAAACAUAUUGCAAAUAAGAGCAAAACAUUGUGAUAAACUUCCUUUAGUGUUAGUUAAUCUAGUACAAUUUAUUAAAUUCAAAAUGUUUAUUUGGGAUUGGUUCACUGGUGUUCUGGGGUUCUUGGGAUUAUAUAAGAAAUCUGGCAAACUUUUGUUCCUGGGUUUGGAUAAUGCUGGUAAGACUACACUCCUGCAUAUGUUGAAGGAUGACAGACUAGCUCAACAUGUACCUACAUUGCAUCCCACAUCUGAAGAGCUGUCAAUAGGUAGCAUGAGAUUCACUACUUUUGACCUGGGUGGCCAUCAGCAGGCCAGACGUGUAUGGCGCGACUACUUCCCUGCAGUAGACGCUAUUGUGUUCCUUGUAGACGCGUGCGACCGUCCACGUUUGCCAGAAUCUAAGGCGGAGUUAGACUCGUUACUAACAGACGAAACACUCAGUAAUUGCCCUGUUUUAAUUUUGGGAAACAAAAUAGAUAAACCUGGUGCUGCCAGUGAAGACGAAUUACGACAGUUUUUCAACCUCUUUCAGCAGACCACUGGCAAGGGCAAGGUGUCCCGGUCGGAACUGCCCGGGCGGCCAUUGGAGCUGUUCAUGUGCUCCGUGCUAAAGCGCCAGGGCUACGGGGAGGGCUUCCGCUGGCUCGCACAGUACAUCGAC